AUGGUCGGCGGCGGCGGCGGCGGAGGCGGCGGCGGCGGUGAGGGAGAAGGCGACGGCGAGGGGGACCGCGAGGAACGGUGGGCGAGUAGAAAGUGUAGCGGCGGCGGCGGCGAGGCCGAGGACGGUGCGCCGGUGCAGAGGGUCCGCGACAAUAGCGACACUAGCGGUGGUGGCCCGCCGACGCCGACGUCGCCGACGCCCCCGUCGCUGCCACUGCCGUCGCUGCAGCCGCAGCCGCCGAGAACAGUGACGGACCACCACCACCAGCAACUGCUGCUGCUGCGGGAACGGCCGACGGUGGGAACCAGAGCAGGGGAGCAGCGGGAGGCGGGAGCGGCGGCGGGUGACGGGACCGGUUGUGGUGGCCGGCGGGACCGGUGGAACGACGGCCCGCACCGACGCUGUUCCAGCAGCAACGCCAAGGAGCGCCGCCGAGGAAGCAGAGGAGCAGCGGGAGCAGCGGGAGCAGCGGGAGAGACGUUGGACGGCGAUCGGCGGAAGGGCGAUAACGGAGGGGGAGGCGUACCGAACAGUGGCUUGGUGCCGGCGGCGCCGAUGACAGCAGUCGUCGCCGAUGGGGAGUUGAACACCAUCACCAGCGGGGCUGCGGCGGUCGCGAUCCUAGCGACGGCCAGGACUAUACCGGCGGCUGGACGGCUGGCUACCCUCGCCAAACAGGACGACGACGAGGACGAAGAGGACGACGCCAAUGACGGCAGCGGGGAGGAAGAUUGCACGCUAGACGACAGCGCGCCCUUCAGUGCGCCCCACCCUGCCGUACCCUGCUCUCCGCAGCCCCCAGCAACCGCGGGUGGAAUGUUCGGGGGGCGCGGUCAUGGACGCGGGGGCCACCGGCACCGGGGUGGGUCCGGCCAGCAGCAUCCCUACUCACUGCCGCACAUACGCGAGGAGCGCAAGCGCAACGGAGGCUGUGAUACGCUGGCGGGCGGCGAGGAUCCUUGCGUGGGCCUGCGUGGCGGCGGCAACGACGACGAGGGAAGCCCGGACUGGGAAGAGGAGCAAGGCCAGGAAGGUGGCCGGGAUGAGGACGACGAUGGGACGGAGGGGGACCGCGAUCCUGAUCUGGCGUCCGAUGACGACGCGAACCCGCUCGGGGUGCCAUUCGGUUCCCGGGGUUAUCCUGCACCGGCGCCGGGAGUGUCCUUGUCGUCAGCUGGCAGCAAGCAGCAGCAGCAGCAGCAGCACAAUCAACCACCACCGACUCAACCGAAGUACCACCGCAACCGACGUCACACCCUGGCCAACGUACGCUUCAUGGACAACGUGGAAGGUUCCGGCUCUGGCGGAAGCGGUCCAUCCAGCGGCGUCAUGAGCGUGGCGGGCGGGUUUACCAGUCGCCGCUCACCCCUGCUGCUACCAUCCGGUGACGGUGGGGCUGGCGGUGGAAGCGGUGCCGGGCCGGUGGGGGGCUUGCUAUCCGCUGCGCUUCCGCAGCGCCGCGAAUCCUUCCUGUACCGGUCGGACUCGGACUUUGAGAUCCUGCCGAAGGUGUCGUCGGUGUCCCUGCUGGCGGCACGCUGCAGCGGCGCUAGCAGCGGCUCGGCCACCGCCUCCACCGGCAGCGGCAGUGGCGGUACGCUGCCGAUCCUGCGUGACGGACCAGUAUUUCACUCGACCGGCGGUGGCGAUUCGGCCGACGGUGAUUCGGCGGGCGCCGCCGCCUGGGUCCUGCAGCAGCCCUCGAUAGUGUCGUCACCGUCGAGCAGUGCCACCACGAUCGUCGGCGGCGGCGGCACGACGGUCAACGUCAGCGUCACGUCGACGUCGUCGACCACCGAGCGGACCACCAUGAUGAGCGGGUCGGGCGGAGGCGGUGGUCCCGGUGGGCACCACGACGACCUGAUCGUCACCCCGUUCGCCCAGAUCCUGGCCAGCCUGCGGACGGUGCGCGCCAACCUCUACACACUCGCGUCCGUCAUCCCGGAAGCGAUCGCCGAGGCCGACAAGGCACCCGCCAGCGGUGAGGACCGGGCGCCGGGCACGGAAGGGGACGUCCGGCAGCUGGCGUCGGUGACGAUUGACGAGCUCGAAUGGUGCCUCGAGCAGCUGGAAACCGUGCAGACGCACCGGAGCGUGUCGGACAUGGCGUCACUCAAGUUCAAGCGGCUACUCAACAAGGAGCUGUCGCACCUGAGCGAGUCAAGCAAGUCCGGGAACCAGAUCAGCGAGUACAUCUGCACCACCUUCUUGGACAAGCAGCAGGAGCCGGACGUGCCGUCGGUGCCGCUCAUGGUGGGCUCGGUAAUAGGGGGCCGCUCGUCGGGGGUCGCCGGACGGAUGUCGGAGAUUAGCGGGUUCAAGCGGCCGCUACAGCACACGAACUCGUUCUCGGGUACGGGCGCCGGUGGUGUCGGGCCCGCCGGUGGCGGCGGCAACCUAGCGGACCGCCUGCCACCGUACGGCGUCCCGACGGCGACGGCCGCCGACGAGGCCGAGCUGGGCGCGCUGCUGGUCCAGGUCGACCAGUGGGGCGUCGACAUCUUCCGCAUCAGCACGCUCAGUGGCAGCCGGCCGCUGACCGCCGUGGCGUAUACCGUCUUUCAGGAUCGGAACAUACCGCGCACGCUAACGAUCCCACCGGCCGUGCUGCUCGCGUUCGUGAGCACCGUCGAGGACCACUACGUGGCGGACAACCCGUUCCACAACUCGCUGCACGCGGCGGACGUGACGCAGAGCACGCACGCCCUGCUCCACAGCCCCGCGCUGGACGGUGUGUUCACGCCGCUCGAGGUGUGCGCGGCGCUGGUGGCGGCCUGCAUCCACGACGUCGACCACCCGGGGCUGACGAACCAGUUCUUGAUCAACUCCAGUUCCGAGCUGGCGCUGAUGUACAACGAUGAAUCAGUAUUGGAGAACCACCAUCUAGCCGUUGCCUUCAAGCUCAUGCAGAACGACGACUGCAACAUCCUGCGCAACCUGCCCAAGAAGCAGCGCGCCACCUUCCGGAAGAUGGUGAUCGAUAUGGUGCUGUCGACCGAUAUGUCCAAGCACAUGACACUGCUGGCGGACCUGAAGACGAUGGUGGAAACGAAGAAGGUGGCGAUCUCGGGCAACCCGGGCCCAUCGUCGGGGGAGCCGCGGGCCGGCGGCAGUGGCGUUCUGCUCCGGCUGCUGGACAGCUACACCGACCGCAUCCAGGUGCUGCAGAAUCUGGUGCACUGCGCCGACCUGAGCAACCCAACCAAGCCGCUACCAUUGUACCGGCGCUGGGUGCGCCGGCUGAUGGAGGAGUUCUUCCGCCAGGGAGACCGGGAGCGGGCGGCCGGCAUGGACGUAUCGCCGAUGUGCGAUCGGCUGUCGGCCACGGUCGAGAGCUCGCAGGUCGGGUUCAUCGACUACAUCGUGCACCCGCUGUGGGAGGCUUGGGCUGAGCUCGUGCGCCCAGACGCCCAAGACAUCCUGGACCGGCUGGAGGACAACCGAGCCUACUACCAGGCGCUCAUCCCGCCACCCUCGCCCCCGGUACAGGAGCCGGCGCAGGGUGAGGCAGACGACGAUAGGGCGGGCCAAGACCAGCGGCCGUCAGCCAGUAAGCCACCGCUGGAUCCACCACCGCUCCCCGUCGAUCCACAGACACUGGCUGCCAGGUUGCGUUUUCAGAUGACACUGGCAGAGAACGACGAGGAGGAGGAUGAACCGAACCGAGCGAACGAGGACGAUUAG